AAUGAAUAUUCUCAAUGCGGCCGAAGGCUAUGCCAAAAGACAGCACAUUUUUAAAAUAAGUUCUAACCAAGACGAAGAAGUACUCAAGAUGUUACAAACCCAUAUUCCGAUUCGAAUCGAAAAGUUGAUUAAUUCAAGCGUUGAGAAGCAAUGGGAGUUGAAGAUUCUCAGUGUUGGAGGUGGAACAGGAGAGAUAGAUUUGAAAUUUGUGGAAAUUCUACUCGAGGAAUUGAAGAAACACAGCUCUGAUGAUCAAAACACGACGAUAUACCUGCGAGUGGUUGAACCGAAUUCAUCUUCGUGCAAACAAUUCAGCGACGCCGUAGAAGCUCGUCGAGAUUUGCCAAUCCACGUCGACAUUCGACGCCAAACUUUUGAAGAAUACAUUCAAAAUGAGCAAAACGCAAGCACUACAUUUGACAUAAUACAUUUUAUUCACAGCGUUUACUUCUUUGAAGAGGAAAAAGUGAUUUCGUACUGUUUGAAACAGAAAUUGAAAGAUCGGGGUUUUCUCUUUUUUGUGCUAUCUGAUGAGGGAUUACUAAAGCAAAUAUCGCUUGAAACUGUGGAGAGACGACCUAAUGACAAGUUGGCAUACCUCGUUGAAAAAAACGGCCCCAAAUUGAUCGAAUUCGUUGAGAAACAUGGCUGGAAGUAUGAAGUACAUUCACAUCAAUACCCUAUUGAUGUGUCUGAAAUCUUUGUCGGAUCAGAGAGUGGUGACCUGCUUCUUGACUUCAUAACCCAUGAAGUCGACUUCCGCAGGAAUAACGAUGCAAGUUUGGUUGAUAGAGUUCUGGCAUUGAUCAAAAACGAGAGCUUAACGAAGGAUGGAAGACACCUUUGCACGAAAACUGACACUCUGAUGAUCGUCCACAAAUAAAAGAUCGGAAUGAUGAUUUGGAACAGAAACGAAACUUGCACGUUCUUAUCUUGUUUUAACUUAUAUUUUGAAUUUUAACUGAGAUGUUAACGUUUAGAUUAUGCUUUCCACGUUGUAUGUUUGCACGAUGAAGAAGGUUGUUGCUGGCUUCUUCAUAUAAUGAUAUUAAACAUAUAUCUCAAGCGGGAAUACUCUUAUUAUGUGAUCUAUAAGCUGUUGGUUUCGAAACGGAAGAGACUAACCAACGGAUGUUUUCUAUAAUAUUGUAUUGGCAAAAACAACCUUGUUAUUUUCCGCAGCCACAACCGCUAAACCAAAAUGCGUAAGUUUAGUCAGCAAAUGCGCAAUGCGGUUUCCCAGCCUAACCUAGCAAUGUCCGUUGCGCAAAACAACAUUUCUAGAUCCAUUGCACGUUCCGGUAUCGCUCUGCAUAAAUAUAGGAGACUCAAGCAAACUUAAGUCAGUGUUUAACGUGGACCUGCUUGUGAGUAAGCAACUGUCGUUGGUGCCUUUAUAAAAUAAUUGGCGCGUCAAUAUCUAUUCACGUUGGUACUCUAGAAAUCUACAUAUUCUACGCUAUUUUUCUAUAAAAGUUUGGUGCGUGCGCAAACCAAAUUCGAACCGAUAUCCAGUCGAUUCUCAAUCGAUUUCCAGUCGAUUCUCAAUCGAUCUACAGUCCGUUUCCAGUCGUAUUAUCUACGGACAAUCGUUUCUAGCUCGACUGUGUUAUCCCAACGACGAGUUCGUGUUUGUCAGUCUAUACCUGUAGUAUCGUUGAUCUAUAUUAA